AUGCCAUUCUCUUCAACUGCAACUAUUCAUGGCGAUGAUCGUCUGAACCGAGUUAGCGAUGUGGCGCCUCCUAUUAAUGUUUCUACCACCUUCCGCUACGACGAUGAGCAUCUCGAGCCUGCUACUAUCUCUACGGGGACACACACUUCAGAUAGCCCGAUGAUAUACUCCAGACUCGGGCACCCGAAUGCUGAUCGUUUAGAAGUUGUUCUUACAGAGAUUCUUGAUGGGCCAACAGUUGUUUAUGCGUCGGGACUCGCAGCUUACCACGCGAUCUUGAUCCACGUCAAUCCAAAAAGGCUCUUUCAGCCGCAUUGCUAUCACGGCUGUGAGGCUGUGGCUAAAAUCAUCUCAAGGAUUAGUGGUAUGGAAAUUUUGCCCCUUGAGAAUCUCGAGGAUAAAUGCCAGUCCGGGGACCUAGUACACUUAGAGGACCCUGGAAAUCCAUACGGCGAGGUAGUGAAUCUCGAUGAAUUCGCCGAAAAAAUCCACCGGGCAGGAGCCUUAAUGUUGGUUGAUUCGACUCUUGCCCCUCCUCCUCUCAGAAACACCUGGGAAUUUGGGGCUGACAUCGUGAUGCACUCUGGUACUAAGUACUUUGGUGGACAUUCAGACCUUCUUAGUGGCAUCGUAAGCGUUCGUGAUGAGAAAGUUGCUCAGCAGUUGAGAAACGAUAGGACAUAUCUAGGAACGAUCCCUGCCAGCCUUGAAAGCUAUCUUUUGCUGAGGUCCUUGAGAACAAUGGAGAUCAGGGUUUUAAAGCAGUCCAGUAAUUGUACCCGUCUUGUGGAGUAUCUUGCUUCUCAUAAGGACAGAUAUAACUCUGUGGUAAAGGAUAUUCGCCACGCCAGUCUUCAGAAAGAAGAAUUCGUGAAGAAACAGCUGCCUGGCGGAUAUGGCCCUGUGUUUUCCCUUUUACUGUUUUCACAAGAACAAUGUAAAUUACUCGUGAAAAACACGGUCCUUUUUCAACAUGCGACAUCCUUAGGAGGUGCUGAAUCCCUCAUAGAAUGGAGGGCUAUGAGCGAUCCUUUUGCAAACCGUAACCUAAUCAGGGUUUCAGUCGGUCUAGAGAAUGCAGAAGAUUUGAUUGAAGAUCUUGCAGGUACUCUUGAAAAAAUAGAAAAGGGAGAUCUGACUUGGUAG